AGCGGCCCCGCCGCCAGUCUGCCGGCGCUGCGGAGCGGAGGAGCGAGGCCAUGGCGGCGGCCCCGGCGGAGGCGGAGACCCGGCAGCGGCUGCUGCGCACCGUCAAGAAGGAGGUGAAGCAGAUCAUGGAGGAGGCGGUGACGAGGAAGUUUGUGCAUGAGGACAGCAGCCACAUCAUCUCCUUCUGUGCUGCUGUGGAAGCCUGUGUCUUGUACGGCUUGAAGCGGAGGGCGGCAGGGUUCCUGCGCAGCAACAAGAUAGCAGCUCUGUUUAUGAAGGUGGGCAAGAGCUUUCCUCUGGCGGAGGAGCUUUGCAAGAAGGUGCAAGACCUGGAGCAGCUCAUUGAGAACGCACGAAAUCAAGUCCAGGGCAUCCCGGAGAAUGUGCGCAAGAUGCCGAAGCUGCCCAACCUGUCUCCUCAAGCCAUCAAGCACCUCUGGAUCCGCACAGCCCUCUUUGAAAAGGUCUUGGAUAAAAUCGUGCAUUACUUGGUAGAAAACAGCAGUAAGUACUAUGAGAAAGAAGCUCUCCUGAUGGAUCCUGUGGAUGGACCAAUUCUUGCAUCUUUAUUGGUGGGGCCCUGUGCGCUGGAGUACACCAAGAUGAAGACCGCCGACCACUUCUGGACAGACCCCUCAGCUGACGAGCUGGUUCAGAGGCACCGGAUCCACAGCUCACACUGUCGCCAGGACUCACCCACCAAGCGCCCGGCGCUCUGCAUUCAGAAAAGGCAUUCGAGUGGCAGUAUGGACGACCGGCCAUCGCUGUCUGCCAGGGACUACGUGGAGUCGCUGCACCAGAAUUCCCGAGCCACGCUCCUCUACGGCAAGAACAACGUCCUGGUGCAGCCGCGAGACGACAUGGAGGCAAUCCCGGGAUACCUGUCCCUUCACCAGGCAGCCGACAUCAUGGCGCUGAAGUGGACUCCCAACCAGCUGAUGAACGGCUCUGUGGGGGAUCUGGACUACGAGAAGAGCCUAAGCUCUAAAACUUCCCAGUGUCAAGACGUGACCAAGGAAGAGAGGAGUGAGAUGACAAACGUGUACUGGGACUAUGCCAUGACUAUUCGCCUGGAGGAGAUCGUCUAUUUGCACUGUCACCAGCAUGUAGACAGCGGUGGAACGGUGGUCUUGGUGAGCCAGGACGGGAUUCAGAGGCCACCGCUGCGGUUCCCCAGAGGAGGGCACUUGCUGCAGUUCCUGUCCUGCCUGGAGAACGGCCUCCUGCCCCACGGGCAGCUGGAUCCUCCGCUCUGGUCGCAGCGAGGAAAGGGCAAGGUGUUUCCCAAGCUGAGGAAGCGAAGUCCCCAGGGCUCCUCCGAGUCUGCGUCCGACAAGGAAGAUGACGAAGCCACGGAUUACGUUUUCAGGAUAAUCUACCCAGGGACGCAGUCUGAAUUUGUUACCAUUAAUGGUAAUUUUCAUCCACUCCUUGUGUCUGUGAUCUCCAUCGCUGCUGAGAGAGGGAAGAUCGCGAGGACUCCAGCUGCAAGCAAGAUGGUGGUGAUCCCCAAAUGGUUUCUGAGUCUCCCCAUCACGUCCCGACCUCCCCUUGCCGCUCCGGGGGCCGCUCAGCAUCAGUUGCCCCAGGACCUGAUGGACACGCCGGGCGCUGGCCUUCCUCCCAUGUGGCAGCCCAGCACCCGCAAGUCCUCCUGCUCCUCCUGCUCUCAGAGCGGCUCCUCCGAUGGUGGGCCGUCCAACGGCUGCAGCCACGAAAGAGCUCCGCUGAAGCUCCUGUGUGACAAUAUGAAGUACCAGAUCCUCUCCCGGGCCUUCUACGGCUGGCUGGCCUAUUGCAGACACCUCUCCACGGUGCGAACCCACCUAUCCGCACUGGUUAACCACAACAUCGUGUCUCCUGACGUGCCCUGCAGCGCCAGCUCGGGGCUGACUGUGGACAUAUGGCAGAGAUACCUGCAGGACAGCACGAGUUACGAGGACCAGGAGCUGCUGCGGCUGAUCUAUUACGGCGGGAUCCAGCACGAGAUCAGGAAGGCUGUCUGGCCCUUCCUUUUGGGCCAUUACCAGUUUGGGAUGACGGAGGCAGAAAGGAAGGAGGCUGACGACCAGAUCCGCACCUGCUACGAGCACACCAUGGCGGAGUGGCUGGGCUGCGAGGCCAUCGUCCGGCAGCGGGAGAAGGAGUCGCACGCAGCAGCUCUGGCCAAGUGCUCCUCCGGGGCCAGUCUGGAUUCCCACAUUCAGAGGAUGAUGCACAGGGACUCGACGAUCAGCAAUGAGUCUUCGCAGAGCUGCAGCUCUGGCCGACAGAAUCACGCCCGGCUGCAGAGCGACUCCAGCUCCAGCACGCAGGUGUUUGAAUCCGUUGAUGAAGUGGAACAGGCUGAAGCAGAUGCUCAGCUGGAAGAUGGCAAACAAAGCAAGAUCCCCAACGGGACGGUUCCCAACGGCACGUGUUCCCCUGAUUCUGGCCACCCCUCUUCCCAGAACUUCUCCAUCGCAUCGGGAUUCUCGGAGCGCAGCUUCAGCAAUGAGGACAGCGCCCUGGAAACCAAUAAAUCCUCGGCCAGCUCUCAGGGAAAGGCCGGGGGGUCCGAGGUGCCAGCCCCACAGGACCCGGAUAGUGCCCGGCAGGAGGAGAAGCUGCAGGGUCAAGACAGCCUGGAAGGUGAAUUUCCCACCGGUGGAAGCGUGGACUUUGUUCCCGUGGGUGAGAGCUCGGCAGGGGUCCUGCGUGAUCGUGACGCUGUGGCCCUGACCGUGGUAGAGAGCUGGGCAGACAGCGAAGCUGAAAAGCAAAGCUUGGUGGAGAGUGAGGAUAACCUCUCCGAGGAGCCGGAGAUGGAGAGUUUGUACCCGCAGCUGGAUUCUCUGGCUGUAGCUGAUCUGGCCAACAGUGAAGCGUCUGCUGUCUCCUCGACGGGCGUCACCUACUCUCCAGAGCUGCUGGACAUGUACACGGUGAACCUGCACCGCAUUGAGAAGGACGUGCAGCGGUGCGACCGCAACUACUGGUACUUCACCCCUGCCAACCUGGAGAAACUCCGCAACAUCAUGUGCAGCUACAUCUGGCAGCACAUUGAGAUUGGCUACGUGCAGGGGAUGUGUGACCUGCUGGCCCCUCUCCUGGUCAUCCUGGAUGACGAGGCUCUGGCUUUCAGCUGUUUCACCGAGCUGAUGAAGAGGAUGAAUCAGAACUUCCCCCACGGGGGAGCCAUGGACACCCACUUUGCCAACAUGAGAUCUCUGAUCCAGAUCCUGGACUCUGAGCUCUUCGAGCUGAUGCACCAGAAUGGUGAUUACACUCAUUUCUACUUCUGCUACCGAUGGUUUCUCCUGGACUUCAAGAGAGAGCUGGUGUAUGAUGACGUCUUCGCCGUCUGGGAGACCAUCUGGGCGGCUGCACACGUUUCCUCUGCACACUAUGUGCUCUUCAUAGCCCUGGCUUUGGUGGAAAUGUACCGGGACAUAAUCUUGGAGAACAACAUGGAUUUUACAGACAUCAUCAAGUUUUUCAACGAAAUGGCUGAGCGGCACAACACCAAGCAGAUUCUGAAGCUGGCUCGGGACCUUGUCUAUAAAGUCCAGACUCUGAUCGAGAACAAAUGAAGGACGUGGGGAAGACGAGGCAUCCAGACCAAGAGCCGGGACUCCCCCCUCAAUGCUUCCUCCCCUUCUCCUUUUUCUCGAAGUGCCACACCUGCGGAAAUAAGGUAGAUGGACACAUGCUGCUGUCUGAACUGGAAGUACCCUUAGCUCUCAAGUGCUGUGUUCAGUGUUAGGUCCAGGGGCCCCGGCUCAGAUCUUCGCAGCCUUCUUCAGUGACUUAACCAAAGAUCUGUACGAUUGCAUUUUAUCGCUAAGGACUUGCUUCGGAAGCAAGACCCAGGCAGUCGCUUCCUCGCCUUGCUGCAGCACGUGUGGUUACCACCACCGCUGCCGAGGCAGUUGCCAGCGUCCCAGGUCAGAGCUCGGGCUCUGGGAGAGCAGAGCUGCCAGCCCUCCUCGGGGCCAACUCGGGCUCCGCAGCCUUUGUUGCAAGGAAAUAAAGCUGCUUCCUUGGACAGCCGUUAGCUGUGGCACGGGGAAGCCAGCCAGCCCUGCAAGCCCGGGCAAGGCAGGGAUGCCGCGAGUACUCGGCUUCUUACUAACACAAUGAGGUUCUGCCAGUAACAGAGAGGGACUUUGAUCACAGAAAUUCCUCUUCUUUUGAUCUUGUCCCUUGAUGCAUAGCAUCCCCUUUAGUAUUUUUGUAGGGCUCUGUUCUCUCCCUGGGAUUUUUACAUUGUUUGUUACUACACUAUCUGAGCACACAAGAGUUUCAGCUCUGGGUGGAUUUUCAGAAGAGCUCCAAAUUCAGCAUUGGGUUUUUCUUUCAAAAUCCAGCCUCUGUAGCGCUCUCUGAACACUGAAAAACCUGGCCCUAACCUCCUCUGGGAACUCUAGACUUGAGGUUUUCUUACCUGCCUUACUCUAGCUGCUCGUGUUAGGGGUCUGGUCUCCCUGUGGUUCUCCUGCAGCCCCUGCCAGGGCAGAGCUCCUCGGAAGGCAAGUCAGAGCUCCCGACGUCGGCGACUGUCCUGACUUUCCCUCCGAAGGUGCCCGUCUCUUCCUCUGUUAGUUAAAAGACCAGCUGCUCAAAGCUAGACAGUGCAAACAAUCCCCUUGGUGCCUGCAGGUUUUCUGUGUGCUUCUGGGGCUGGCUGCAAAGCCCCCUAAGUCCGCUGACAGUCUCCAGUGAAGUCUUGGUGGGCUUCUUUCACGCGCCUGCGAAGAGGCAAAUAGCCCAAGGUCCCUGAGUGGUCUUUGCUUUUGGAAGAUGCGCUUCUGUGGCCACUUUCCCUGCAGUGGCUCUCCAGCGCCGCAGCCCCCGGAGCACGCUGCGCAAAGUGCCUCUCCGGCACUACGGGCGCGAGAGCUGAGCCGCUGCGCCACACGAAGGCUGCGCUACGGAGGGUUUGGAUUCAUUUUUCAACUCAGGUAAAAACCAUAAAGGAUAAAGGAGAGGCGUAGGUCAUUGGUAGGUCUAGUUCAGCCAGGGAGGGCUUUGUCCUGUCCGCAGCAGAGUGCCGUGAGCGCGCGCUUUCAGCAGCAGGGAAGAUGCUGGCUUGUAGCUCUCUAUAAGGGUACUUUCUCUCAAGUUUUGCUGCAAAAAUUUGUGUUCCCCCUCCAUGCGAUGUGUGACGUGCGUGUGCUCUCCUCCUCCCCUCUGCAAGACAAGGCCCUGCUCUUCUCUUGCUGUCGGAGCGCUGCUCACCAGAAGGGAAAAGGGGCCUUUCCCUUCCUCUGUGUGCAACAUCUGUCUGGGCUGUGUUUCGUGUUUCCCUGUGGCGUGUGUCAGAUGUCGCUUGCAAAAAAAAAAAAAAAAGACAGAUGUAAAUCUGCAGAAGAGAAAACUGCUGCUUCAGAAAAGUUCUGCAGAGCAUGGUGAAGCGAUUCGCAGUUUCUGAGCAAAUCGGCCGGUCUUUCUGCAGUACCGGGAGACGGAGGCUGCAGCUAGAAACGCGGGGGAACAGCAGUGCACGCUGUGCCCCCCUUAGGGAAGAGCACCGCAGCGGGGGGGAGAGCGAUGGGCAGCCUUUCUCUUCUCACAAUAGCAACAAGCAGCUGUGUACCGACAAUCGAGGGAAUUCUUUGAAGCAGUUUUCUGCAGUAAAUGUCCACAGAGUGCUCGGUCCGCAGUAGCACAGGAAACAAAGGCGUUUGAGCUUCAAAUCUGCCAGUUCACGUACGAAUCUCUCGUCUUUCCACAAAGCAGAGCGGGAAGCUCGUGCCCUCCCUCCCAGCCUGCUCCUGUUCCCUCUAGGACAGGUACUGGUCUGCCUGCGUCACCGAGGGGGGAAGCGCUCUGCCCUCCCCUCUCUGAGGGACAACAACCAAUAGGUCACCUUUAAAUACGGUCUCAUCGAGCAACAUCGCUGACACUUUACCUUUCACGCUUCUGUUUUUCUUUUCUUGGUUUUUAAACAAAACCAGCCAAGAAAUUCUGCACAAUAUUUGCUGUCUGUAUCAACUGAGAGUGUCUUUGGGCCGCUCAAUAGCAGUGUUUUUUGAAUAACUUCUGGGGGAAAACAGUAUUUAUUUAUUGAUUGUACAUUACUGUGUGUCCUUGUAUACUGAAGUAUGUGAGUGUGCAUUGUUAUGCAAAUGGAGAUAUAUCUUUUCAAUGUUCUUUACAAUAUCUUGUAAAUGUUUACCAGAAAAUUGUGUCUAUAUAUACUAUAUAUAUAUAUAUAUACAGUAUAGAGAGAAAAUAUGUGAAUUAAGUGGGUUAUUUUUUGAGGGGGGGAGAAGAAAUCUUUUGCUUCGAAGAACUGGUGGUUUCUAUAGCACCUAUUCCAUGAUGUGCCAAUCCGUCACCGUCCUGGUACUGUGAGAGUUGUUCUGGUAUGGCAGCGGGAAGCUCAGAGCAGAACCACCAUCGCCUCAGCUUGGCUCGAUUUUAAUUCUGACUUAAAAACUGGGAAAGAAUAAAAAAAAAAAAAAAAGGAAGGAAGGAAAAAAUAAAACCAAAAAGAAAGCUUUGUUCCAGCUCUGGUGCUGAGUCGAGUCGGCAGGAGCAGACCUCUGCCCGAGCUGUGCAGGGUGUCGUGUCUGCCCUGGGUAAGAACAGUCGCAGGGUUGAGGCUUGGGGCGGGUUCCAAAGAAGUUGGGAUAGUCCAAAGAACAUGGUAUGUCAGGCUAGAGUUAAACUGGGACGGAAGUCAUUCUCCUUUGCAGCCCAUCACAGCGUUUGUUAGGAAGGGAACGACACGACCUGUGCAGAGCGGCUGCGGAGCCGAUCCGCUCUCCUAGCGCCCGUCCCCACUGGCUCCGCUGAAGGCAGCGUGUCCCAUCACUGUUCUGCUCCAACUUUGCAAAGUCAGCGAAAGCCAUCUGCUCCCGAACGCUCCGUGAGAACUCGAGUCUGACCUCGGAGGUCCGGCUUUGUGUUCCCACGCGGAUGUGAGACAGAAGACGCGAGCGGUUUGCGGGUCCUGCAGCGGUGGCCGGUGCUGCUCCGUGGCCGCCCGCCCUGCCUGACCCUCGCUGUGGCUGCGGGAGGCCAGAAACAGGCUCUGGUGGUCCCUGUGCUCUGCCCUUCCACGGCCCCCGUCCACACGUGGUCCCACCUCGGUUUUGAGCACCUUGCCAGCAGUCGCAGUGGGUCGCGCUCUGCUCCUUGCUGGCCCCUCGGGGCAGCGCUGUCCGACCGGCAGGUUUGUGUGCUUGAGGAGACCCGUGGCGAGGCAACGCCGGGGGUCUGGGGCUCGAGAUCUAUGGGAAGGUUAAAAGCUGCUAAAAUUUAAGGAAAGGUUUUUCUUGUCCAGCUGGUCGUAGGCCUUUUCCUGCCUCAGCCCCUCCUGCCUGGCUGCCCCUCGGUUAGAUUGCCCCGAGGUAAAAGCGUUAUUUUGGGUUUCCGACAGUGUGAAUCCCCGGGGCCCUGCGAGGCGGCACAGAUCUCCCGGCUGCGCAGCCGGAGGAUUGCCUGUUUACCACGGAGGGAGAAGCCCGUCGCAGGGGAAUGCUUGCCCAUAUACAGUAAUCUUGUCAGGCUCCUUGGGGGAGAGGAAUGUCUCAUCCCAGCAGCUCCGUGCGGCUGAAAUCCACCCCGUGCAACGGCGCUACGAGCCGGGGACUAUCUUUAGCCUUUCGCUCGGGGGGACCGGGGCCUGGAGCUGCUGCGUCCUUCCCGCCGGGCGCAGCGAGGUUUGCGUCCCGCUCGCCCCUGGCCGACGUUCUCUGCUCCGGGUCGCUGCAGAGCUGAGCCCGAGCGCAGGACGGACUCCGCAGGCUGAGCCGUGCAACGCACGUUGCACCCGCGCUGAGCCGCCGCAGAGGCGUGGGGUUUUCACGUUAUCUUUUGUUCGAGCUGCUCAGCUCGCAGAUAAUCUCGGUGUGUUUAAAUACAGUGAACGUUUGUGUCCCGGCCCCGUGUUCCCCCGAGGGAGUUACUCAUGGAUUCUCUUUCUGCAUUUGAGCUUUCUGCUGAUGCGACCUGCCAAAUAACUCUUGGUACCCAUCUCUUUUAGUGUUACUCAUGUAAACGCUUUAGAAGUUGUCUUUGUUCUUAAAUGCGUGAUUUUUUUAAAGGAGUUUUUCUCUUACUGUGGUGAGUCUCUGAAUUGCUUUGCUAUUAACAUUUUCCAUGGAGAGUGAGAGGGUUUUCUGCCUGGGAACUUCUUGCUGCCACCCUGUUCUGCCCUCAUCCAGCCUCUUACGUUCUGAACAUCCCUUAAGAUAUCCAAACCCACCUUUUAUUGUACCUAGAGCCAGCAGUGGAAGUGCAGGUGUCUGCGACCAUUGUCACUGGUAAGUAAAGAACAGAUCAAGAGAAGUGACUAUUCUUGAUGCGGUAGCCUGGAAUCGCAGUUCUGCCAGGAACCCAUCCAUGGGCACGCUGAGCCCAUCCCAAAAUCCCGCCUUGGAGACACAUGCCUUGUGGCCAAGAGCAAUUUAUGGGAUGAGAUUCUUCUUAUUCUUCUUCAUUUGCUUACUUAUUUUAAUCUGGCUGGCUAGUUUUCCUUCCUUUCCCCAUUUACUUUGAGCAGCUGGCUAACUCUCUGCACUGGGAGCCACUGUGGCAAACAGUCCUCAAAACCAGGUAUGGGACCAAUUUCAGGAUUCUCAUCACGUAACUUUGCUUUUAAAAAUAUCCUGUACUACGUUAAAUUGCUGCGCUCUCUGUGGCAUUGCUGUUCAGGCAGUGGUAGCCUCCGAGCCCGUUCGUCCGUGGGGCCAAAGCGAUUGUCAUUUCAUCAAAACAUCUGUCAAAUACUUUUCACUCCGUUUGGGAAUUUUCACGAGUACCGAGCAGUUCUGGGCACGUUUUCAGCAUUUUACUAUCGCAUGAGCACAAACUGAUAGCGAAAGAGCACAACUCACAGACGAAGUGACGAUUUUCUACCACUAUGGAAGGGUUGUUACUCUCACCGGAACCAGUUUUCACAAAUUCUUAUAGAAGUUUUCAGAUGCCCUGAAGUAGAUAAAAUGCCACUUACUGUUGCCUGCUCUUUCAGGCACGCCAGUGGUCUUCACUCAAGGUCAUUGUCCUCGCUGCCUGCCCUGAAGUAAAUGCAUAUUGCUAAGGGACCCGAAGCCUUUGUGGUCCCCGGCGAUGCUCACCACGUUCCCGGUUUAUGGCGGCAGCAUGGGCCAAGGUUAAGGUUGUGUUGGUGCCAUAGCCGUGUGUUUCUGCAGCUUGGAGUGUUUGGAUUUCUUCUAAACUUGGUCCGAAUCCUGAAUUUUCCGGAGAAUGUACGUUGUUGGAAUAGCCAUAGCGGUCUUUUAAUGUGUGUCUAAUUUUAGAUUAGUGAUAAGCGUAUUCAACCUUAAAUUCUCAUCCAGUAGUUUAAUAACUUCCUUUUUUUAAAAUUGAUUUUGCACAUGGAGACUGAGCAGGGAGCCCAAAGACGGAGCUGCAGGUGCCAACCUCCGGUCCGUGGCUGGCUGCACACGAGGGGUCUGCGGCCCCAGGGGCCAGCCCCGCACACGCAGCCGUGCCCGGAGCAGGCAGGUCGUGUCCCACCAGACGGGUCUGCCGGGGCUCUCCGAUCUCCCGCAGAAAGUCCCCGCUUCCCUCUGCCCGGGAGAGCAGCCCUCGGCGGUGGUGAGAGCCGGGGGAGCUGGCACGUGGCGGGGACGGGCAUGGAGUGCCACCGCAGCGAGGUGGCUGGGAGGAAGGGCGCUUGUCGUCAGCUUUUUUGUAAGGGGUUUUUUGUUUUGUUUUAAUAAAUCAAUGCUAAAAUUUAAACUAUGCACAAGAUCUCCAAAAGUACAAGGUAGUUUUGAGAAUCGGUGUGGCUUCACUGCUAGGGAAGAUAAAGAAUUGAAAAUCCUCAUUACUGGAUCCUGAGAUACUAAAAAUUUCAUUUUUAUGACUACGUAAGAAGAUCUACUUAAAUUCUCAGAAAUUCAGUCUCUUCUUGGAGAGUAAUUCCCAGGAGCCAGGGAAGGAGAAAGCUGUUUUUCACAAACAGAAUUAUCGAAAACUUUUGUUGACAAUCCAACUCGGCUGUACCCUUAGACCCGUGAUUGUCACUCCCCAGCGCGAAGGUGUGUUCUGGAGAGUGUGGCAGGGUGCGCGGGUGACGCUGGGCUGUCACCCUGCUACAGCCCUCGUGGAGAUGACGGGUACCAUCCCGGGCACCACAGGACAAGGGAUUACCUCGCAACAGCAGGGUUAUGAAUGUAUCUGAUGGACUGGCAUUAGACUUUUCUGUUGCCCUACACUGAAUUGCUGCUUUUCUAUGUUCGAUGCCAUUUUGGUCUCUGGGAGUUGCUCUAUCUGAGCUUAAUGAGCACUAUAGCUUUUAAUAUAUUUGUAGAAGUGCUGCUAAUGUUCUUAGAUUAUUUGAAUUCCACACUGUGGUAUAAUAUCUGUUUUAUAUUAUUUUAUCCAUGCUUUUGGUUUUUAUGUAAACUGUUCCUUAUUGUUGUUCAGAAAGAAAAAUUAAAGCUCUAUUCUCUAUGGUUAAUGUAUUUUCAAAUCAGUAAAA